UUGUUGACUUCUUGGAUAGUGAUGCUUCCUCUGUUUCAGCAUCAGCAAAGCCACACGAAGCUGGCGGACUGAAGAGGAUGCUAAUUUCGAGACUUGCAUCGGUGAAAGUACAAGCUCAAAUCUUCUUACUACCCCAUUCCCAACGGACCCACUUUUCUCUUAUCCGACCUUUCACACUCGACAGCAGUCCUCUCUCCAUCUGCAUAGCUCACCCGCCAAAACUCGUUUCUUAUAAAUACGGAAAUCCAGCAUUAACAAAAGCAGUCACUGAAUAUAAUACUCCUCCUCCUCCUCCUACUACUUCUACUGCCGGUGAAAUGGAAAAAGAAAGUAUCGAUGUUCAGAAGAUUCGAUCUGAGUUCCUCCAAGUCCUCCGUAGCAGAAGAUCCGGUGAAGUUCCGUUAUCAGUGCAAAACGGAGAACCGGUGAUGAAUCCGUUGUAUCUGGAUAAUACGCUGCCGACGGACAAGAGUGAGGCGAUGGAAUCUUGUCCAAAGAAAGAUAUUAAGAAUUGUAAGGAUUUGGUCAAAGAGGAGAAUCUUUAUUUGACUACUGAGGCAGGGGAACAAGGGCGUUUGCCUGUGUUGAUUCUGAGUUUGAAAGAAAGCAAAGAAAAAAGGCCUGCUGUUGUUUUCCUGCAUAGCACUAAUAAGUGCAAGGAGUGGACAAGGCCUUUGCUUGAGGCCUAUGCUUCGAGGGGAUAUGUAGCGGUUGCAAUUGACUCUCGCUACCAUGGUGAACGUGCCAAGAAUAAAACCACUUAUCGAGAUGCUCUUGUAUCAUCAUGGAAAAAAGGUGAUAAGAUGCCAUUCAUAUUUGACACGGUUUGGGACUUGAUUAAACUGGCAGACUAUCUUACACAGAGGAAAGAUAUAGAUCCUAAGAAGAUAGGAAUCACAGGCGAAUCGCUGGGAGGAAUGCAUGCAUGGUUUGCUGCUGCUGUGGACACCAGAUAUUCAGUGGUUGCCCCUAUAAUUGGAGUGCAGGGAUUCCGUUGGGCUAUAGAAAAUGACAAGUGGCAAGCUCGGGUUGACAGUGUAAAGCCUGUAUUUGAAGAAGCACGGAUAGAUUUAGGUAAGAGUGCAAUUGACAAAGAAGUGGUGGAGAAGGUCUGGGAUAGGAUUGCUCCAGGUCUGGCCUCUAGCUUUGAUUCGCCAUAUACAAUUCCAGCCAUUGCUCCACGCCCUCUGCUGAUUCUUAAUGGUGCAGAAGAUCCCCGUUGCCCACUUGCGGGUUUAGAAAUUCCAAAAUUAAGAGCAGACAAGGCUUAUGGAGAGGCCCAUAGUUUAGACAAGUUUAAGCUAGUUGCACAACCUGGAAUUGGACACCAAAUGACUCCAUUCAUGGUGAAAGAAGCCAGUGACUGGUUCGACAAGUUCCUCAAGUAAUGUUGCGGGUCACUAAUCGUCUGUUUUAUGCUAAUAUUUUUCUGUGAAGUCUUGUAUUCUAAAAACCAAGGAGCUCUUCUCACUUGUCCAAGGAUGUAAAAAUAUAUUCAGUGUAUGCUCAAGUAGUUGUCAAGCAAUGAUGCCACUAAAUUAAGUUACUGUAUUGUCUAUGAGCUCUUCCUUAAUUUGUCGAAUUGAUGUAACAACGGGUUAAAUUCCUGUGCUCAAGGUAAUCGUUAAGUUAAUUAUCGUAUGUAAUUAUACAGACACUUAUUUUUCCUUUUAAAUAAUAUUGAUCGGUGCAAUUUAUUGUCUCCA